CACGACUCUGUUGAAAGCCAGACUAUUAAUUAAUAAGACGGAGUUAUCCGAUCCGACAAUGAACAAGUCCUGUAAAAUUUGUACAUGAAUCAAGAAAUAAAAUUAAAUAUGGGUUUGAAUAGAAGCAUUGCGGGGAUGGAUCCACAGCUGGCUGCGGAGAAAGCAGUGUCAGUGAUUGGUCAAGGCUAUGAUCUCUGCAGCGACAUAAGAUUCUCCGCCUGCAAGUCUUCCACCUUGAUCGAGAUUGAUCAUAAACACACCAGGGACAUGCUCUUCCCAGUUCCAGGUUCAAUUCUUGUCCACAACGUUCCCUCUUCCAUCAAGUGUGACAAAGGUGAACGCACAAGGUUCCAUUCCGAUGUUCUCACCUUCAACCAGAUGUCGGAGCAUUUUAACAGGCAGUUAUCUCUGUCUGGGAAGAUACCAUCGGGAGUUUUCAAUGCUAUGUUUGACAUGAGGAGGUGUUGGCCUAAGGAUGCAGCUGCAACUAAGAGCCUUGCUUUUGAUGGAUGCUUCAUAUCAUUGUACACCGUUGAAUUGGAUAGAACUAACUUAACCCUUUCCGAUCAAGUCAAGAAAGAUGUUCCUUCUUCCUGGAACCCUGCAGCUCUUGCCUCGUUCAUUGACAAGUAUGGCACCCAUGUGAUUGUUGGCGUCAAGAUGGGAGGUAAAGAUGUGGUCCACAUCAAGCAGUCAAAGAAUUCAGAUCUUCCACCCGCUGAACUGCAGAAACUACUAAAACAACUAGCUGAUGAGAGGUUUUCAGAGGAUUCAAAUCCAUCUUCCAAUGCCAAUCCUGCUCAAAUAUCAGGAAAACUAAAGGAUGAUCAUGCCAAGCUGUGGAGGCAGAACCAUUUUCCUCCUGCUGGAAGACCAGUUGUAAAAAGCCACUCCAAGAAUGAUGAAAUCAUGAGUGUUUCGGUCCGCAGGGGAGGCAUUGAUAUUCGUCAGCCUUAUAACCAGUGGCUUCAAACCAUACUACAAUCCCCCAAUGUCAUAUCAAUGUCUUUUGUUCCUAUUACUUCCUUACUCAACUCUGUUCCAGGCAAUGGAUUCUUGAGUCACGCCGUUAAUUUGUAUCUUAGAUAUAAACCUGCCAUAGAGGAUCUCCAUCAUUUUCUGGAAUUUCAGUUGCCACGGCAAUGGGCACCAAUGUAUGGAGAUCUGCCUCUUGGAUAUGGCCACAAGCAUAAGAAAAACAUGUCUCCAUCACUUCAGUUCAGUCUCAUGGGACCCAAGCUUUAUGUUAACACUGUCAAGGUUGAUUCCGGGAACCGUCCUGUAACAGGGAUUCGUUUGUACUUAGAAAGCAAAAAGAAUGAUCACUUGGCAAUCCAUCUUCAGCAUCUUGCAGAGAUUCCUGGUUUCCUUGAAAUCUCAGAAGACAACGGCUAUGAACCCAUCGAUGAACCGGUCGAACGAGGCUACUACGAACCGGUAAAAUGGAGCAUGUUUUCUCAUGUGUACACAGCACCUGUUCAGUACAACAGCUCCAGAAUAGACGAGUCCACAGCCAUAGUAACAAAGGCAUGGUUUGAGGUGAAGCUUGUGGGAAUGAAGAAGGUUCUGUUCCUAAGGCUUGGAUUCUCAACCGUGGCAUCGGCCAAAAUCCGGAGAUCAGAAUGGGAUGGACCUUCUACAAUGUCUAGAAAAUCAGGAUUCUUCUCUGCCUUGAUGAGCACAAAGCUGAGCAAAGAGUUGAAAUCGUCGCCGGAGAAGGCGAACAAGGUGGAGAUAAACUCAGCAAUCUAUCAAGGUGGUCCUCCAGUGCCAACAAGGGCUCCAAGAAUGCUCAGCUUUGUAGACACAAAAGAAAUGGUUAGGGGCCCAGAGGAUACACCUGGAUAUUGGGUUGUCACAGGCGCAAAGUUGUGUGUGGAUAAUGGCAGAAUCUCAAUCAAAGCCAAGUAUUCUUUGUUGACAGUUAUACCAGAAGAAGCUAUAGAGUAAGUAGCAUUCGGGAUUAUAAUAUAGGAUUACAAUGUAUGAUUUAAUAUUAUAGUCUGCUGUAAAUACGUAACUUAUUUUGUAUGAUUCAUUCAAAAAUGAGUGUCAUCUGAUGCAAAGUGAGCUAGAUUUGUUUUGGCAUAACUGCCAUCAAUAAUAAAAAAAGUAUCUGAAUUUCGAAACACACAAAA